AUGUCUGACUCGCCUUCCUCUGUCCUCUCGACCCCUCUAAACCCAAACGUUUCUCGCUCUCCCCCCCUGUCUAACCUCACGCCGCCUUCUUCCCCUCUGCCUCAGUUGCCGUCCCGUCCACUCCUUGUAAAGUUAGCGCCGCUGUCGCCUCCUUCUCCGGCGCUUCAUUCCAGUCGUCGGGCAACUGGAAGUGAGGAUCCGCCACCAGUCGACGUCUUUGCUAACCGCGAAGCGAGUUCUUCGUAUGCUCAUCCGCGACGCCACAGUGAUAGUUACAUUCGCAAACCAGUCCGACGGCCGAGCAGCAAAGGCAACGGCAGCAACAGUGAGGCUAUGCCCGACGAAACUACCGGCUCGGCUGCAGCCACUCUUCGUUCGUGUUGUCUCUCUCGUCAGGCUGCUGCCGCGUUCCAUCGGCAACCGUUUCCCACCCCAGGGCGCCCGCCUGAGCCGGAAGGAUCGUCUCCAGGCCAGCGGUACGUAUCCGACGUUCGAGGUGUUUUUCCGGACAUGAACUCUCUGACUGGCGACCUUUCCGGUGCGAAUGCUGGCCCGAAGAGUUGGCGACCGCGUCAUGAAGGGGGAGAGCAGUGGAUAGAACCCACUGGCUCUUUCGUGCAUUACCUUAAACACCCCAGUUCUGGGGCUGCGCCGGACAAGGAUGGCAACCGACUUCACACACUUCCCCUCUUUCGUCUUCCGGGGGACGCACCUGCUCCUAACACUGCCGCCCCCUCGUCGGUGGGUAACUCAACAGGAGGCGGCGGAGGAACAACCGCAACAACCAGCUACUACAGUGGAAACAGUAGCAGCAGCAACAUGAUGACCGCAGACGAGGGUUCCGGUUGCGUAUUCACGUCGCCAGCAGCUGCAGUGGCCGCGGUGGUGCACACGGGAACAGGUGAAGGCAGCAUGGGAUCGACCGGUGAAUCGAAAGACGGCGAGGGACCUUUCAGCUGUCAGAGCAUUGCUCAGAAUGCGAAUCGCAGGAGAGGCCGUAGCAAAACGUGUAGCGCAGUGCAUCAGAAACUGCUGCAAGAAGCUGCAGGAACCAUAGAUGAUGUGACCUCUGGAGAUCCCCUACGGCGCGUACGCUUCAGUGUCGCGGAUGAGUGGUGUGACGACGAAGGUCCCCGAAGAAUCUUCCCAGGGGCUGGGCUCGGCAUGACUGGGCCGCACUUUGGCGGGGACGGAGGCGCGUUGCUCGACUUCGCCAGUGGACAACUGACCAUGUCCUUCGAUGCAACCAGUGGCGGAUUUGCCGCUGGCAGUAGCCUCGUACCGCCCAGCGACGCCUUCAGCAAGGGAGACUUCGCUUUCCUUCCCGACGCCCACACAAACAUGUCCUGCUACUUCCACAGUUCCCACCCUUCCGUCAGUUACUGGUGCGCCCCUAAAGCGGCAGCCGCAGCAGCAGCGGCAGCGGCUGCUGCGUCUUACGAGGAAGGAGCUGGAGGGAGUCCGGACGAUGAGGACGCAGGGGGUUCGAAGGGGAUGUCCUACCGUUUACACACCGCUGGGGCACUGCCUUCGUCCGAAGCUUUUCGGCGUCCGAGCAGAAGUGGUUCCCGACGCAGUAGUGGUGUGAGCUACGCAGCCGCUUUGACCGCGGCUACGAACGGCGGCAGGAGAGGGUCCGAGCGUUUCGCGCCUUGUCUGUUUUGGGGACUUGAGAAGAGAGUGGACGCUGAAGGUGAUGGGAGAAACGUUCAAGGAGACUUCCGGUCCGAAAGCGAGAUGCAGAACACUUUUCCACGAAACGCAAAAGGCUUUCACCUGGUUGGUGACGCGUACUCGCCCGCGCAGUGCAGUCAUAUAUAUGGCUACGAAGACUGGCGCAGUCUUGUUGGGGCACCGUCGAGCGCAUGCAAAUCCUUGAAAGCCCAACAGCAACAACAGAUUCUUCUGCACCAAACUCUUCUUCAGCGUCACCAAAAACGUCGCCGCCGCACACGCCUUCGAGCCCGACGAACGGGCGGAUCGCUCACCACUCAUCCUUGCCUGCACGCCCUCACAGUACUCGUGUCCUCCGUCCUCGACGUCAUUCUCACCACCACGACAGCAAAGGCACCACCCUCCCAGAUUCGGGCACUCCUCGUCAAGCUGUUCUUCCCCCGUCGUGUCCGACCCAAGGUCCAGCAACCUCAGCAGAUGACCAUCUUCCACAUGAUAUUGCGCUCUGUGCUUUCUCGAGACAAAAACGACGAAGAAUGGGACAUUCAAAAAGAGGGCAGUCAACCAGAAAAAGAAGAAAACCAUGUUUCUGAUGGUGGCAGAAAUCCAAGCGCCUCUCUGUCAGUCGAGACUCGUAGAGGCCAACGAAGAUACCACACGGCCCCCUCGAAUUCGGAUCUCCACGAAUACCAAGCGACAGCUAUUGCUGAGUACGAGGCAGCCUUAGCCGCUGGAGAUGAGCAGAACAAGAAGGCGGCUGCUGCUGCCCGGGCAGCAGCAGCCGCAGGUUCCCUCCUCGGCUCUUCUUCCUCGUCCAAAGACUGUAUCCUGGCAGACGAGAAAACCCCAGGAUUGCCUGUUUUGUUGAACUUUCCCCAUUCAGGAGACUCUUCUCUGCUAGAGCAAGGAGACGGCAGCAAGCCUAGCUCUUUCGGGGGAAAAAAAGCUGGCCUCAUUCGGCAGCCGGGAGGCGGCCUCAGCAUAACGUCAGGGCUUACUGGAGGGGUGGAUGUCGAAGAAGGGAAGCCAGGAUCUCCAGCUUCCCAGUCCGAGAAGAUUAGCGGAAGCAAAACGCUCCCUUUCCGGCGUAGUCAUAGGAGUAAUAGCCAGGUCAACUCUUAUGUGCGCCCGUCUCCUCCACAGGGAGGCUACGCAUGCAGCCGUGAUGGCAGAGCCGGCGGCGGAACUGCAUUCUCUCUCACAAAACUAUCUUCUCACCUCUCGGCUGGUCUUCAGGACAUAAGUGCGCCACCCGUGCAAGCGCCUCAGCCAGGCGUUCUCCCCGGCAUCAUUCAAACGGUCUCUCAGCGUUCCUCAGACGAGAUCCAGCUUCAGCGUGGCUCGAAGGUGACAAGUGGAGGAGCUGGCGACUGUGAAAAAGAAGAAUAUGACAUCCAGUUCGGGGGGCUGCUCGUGCGGCUACACCGGAAAUUGAGCGCAAAAUGCCAUUGCCAGUUCGAUGUUUGGGAAGGGGAGGCCAUCGGUGUGGUUGCGCAACAAGAACAAGCAGCCGCUGCCGUAGCAGCCGCUCAAGUCAAAGAGAACCCUGCGGGAAGUUCUGGAUCUUCUCAGGCGCAGAAAGGCGAAACGAAUGGAAAGAAGCCAUGCAAUUCAACGAGCACGGCGGCGGAAGAGGAAGAGGCUGCAAUUGUUGAUGACGGAUUAGCUCUUGCGAAUCUGCAUACAUCUAUUGUAGGCAUUGGAAAGCGUUUUGCGAUCAAACUUCUCGAGAUCGAUGGCUGCGAUGCGUCAAAACUGAAGUACAAGACGCACUCUGUACUGCAGGAGGGAAAACAGCUGAGAAGUCUGUGCCUCCAACUGUGGAGAUCCCGGGCAGCCGCUGCCGCGCAAGGACCGAACAGUUCGCGGCUGACAGCGCAGCAACGCCUUUUGCUUCUCCAACUUCAGCAACAGCCCCAGCCUCUUCACCAUCCGGAGGUGUACGUACAGCAGCUGGACCGCAUGCUCUCUAACCAAGGCACCCUUGCACCCCAGAAGGGAGGGAGCAGUCGCAGUUCAGGGGGGUCUUCGACCGCUUCUCCAGGCGUCCAGCUUCCUCUGCUGCCCAUCCCACGAUAUCUGUGGACAAGCAGAGGCAUCAAGAAAGACGGAACGCGGGUUCUGGGAGUGAGUAUGGAGAGAAUUGAGGGUCGCUCUCUAACACAGAUUCUACAACAAAUGCGCGUGCCUACAAAGAAGAGUGCAGCGCUUCUCGCUGUCGAGAUUGCAAUCAAGCUUGUACGGGCUCAGGCACUACUCGCGUCGCCCUCUGCUCUUGAAAAACCCAUCAUAAACUGGGAUACGAAGCCGGGGAAUGUCCUUGUCGAACUCACUAGGAGCGUGUCCACACAACAACUACACUGUCUCCGGUGCGUCAUCAUCGAUCUCGGAGAUGCUCUUCCAGGUCCAAACUUCUCGUUCCCUACGCGUCACCAGCCCGGAGUGUCACCCUCGUACAUCAUCUGCACGAAGGGUUACUGUUCGCCCGAGUGUGCAAUCCUGGUGUUCCUGCUGGCGGCUGGGAGCAAGAGCUCGGCAUUCCGCAAAGUUUGGUACGGCCAGAAAAUCACACCCGAGGAGAUGCUGGUGGCGAAAAAGCAGCGCCUCGACUGUCGGUGGCAGUCGUGGAUCCGAAACGGGUACCUCAAGAAAAUCUCUGCGACUUCUCCACCUGCGGGCUCUGCUUCCGAAAAUGGGGGCGGGAAAGACUCUGGAGCGGGGAAAGAGGAGGAGGCGCGCGGAACGAAAGGAAAGAAAGACUGUGGAACCCCUGAGGGGGCCGGAAAGGGUGAUGCAGGCGGCCAUGGGUCGUGUGGAGGAGGGGCGUCUAAAGCAGCUAGCAGCUACUGGGAAGUUCUGCUGAGUGAAAGCAGCGUCGUGUUCAGUACAGGGCUCGUCAUCGGCCAGCUGUUUGGAGGCCCCAAUCUCUUGCAGGUUGUGAGUCGAGACGAAGUUGCUGCCCUAGACGCGCUUUGUGAGUGGGGGUGUACAGACAGCCCAAACGUUCUUCUAGGAGGGAAAAACUUGCACCCCGAUGUUCUGCUUCCUGCCCAGGGUGUCUUCGCCACCGAACCCUGGCGGGGGUACCUGAAAACCAUGCUCAGACACACGUUGGCCUUCCUUCCGAGCGACAGGUGGAGUUUCGAGAAGCUCGAGGCAUUCCUAAUUCGCCUGCAUGCAGAGCUUGCUGCCGCUCAACACGUGGUCGGGGUCUCAUCGUACUCGAGCUCCACAGUCGCGGGCGGAACCGCAGCGCAGUCCAGCUCUGCUGGAAAUGGAGCGCCGUCAGGGGAGAUCGGUGGAACUGGCAGCAGCAGUGGAACCGGAGCGCAGAGAAACCCGCAGUGA